GCUGUCUUGCAUGGCCCGCCUGGGACGGGGAAGACACUCACCGCGGAAGCUGUGGCAGAGUACCUGAAGCGGCCCUUGUAUAUGGUCGGUUCGUCUGAGCUCCCUUCUGAGUCCUCAUUGCUCGAGAGGAGCUUGCGGAGCAUAUUGAAGGCAGCGACCGCGUGGGAUGCAGUACUCCUGAUCGAUGAAGCUGAUGUUUAUCUGGAAAGACGUAGCCUGCACGAGCUGUCGCGUAAUGCCCUGGUCUCCGUGGCCCUAAGAGUGCUUGAAUAUCACCGAGGCGUGCUGUUCUUGACCACGAAUCGUAUCAAGAACUUCGACGAUGCCUUCCUCUCGCGGUUUUCCAUAGGCACAACAAUUAUACUCUCUUAUACGAAAAUGUGA